GGGGUGGGGCUGGGAGGGGAGACCGCUGAGGGCGGCGCGUCCAGCUCUGGGCCAGGGGGUCCAAAGUGCUCGCCCCGGGGCACAGCCGGACGUUUGGGGGCCUCCUUUCGGCAGGGGACAGCCUGACUGGGGACAAUGGCCUCUCUCAGCCACAUCUUGGUUCUCUGUGUGGGUCUCCUCGGCAUGGUCAAAGCAGACUCUCCACAGGAACACGACCCAUUCACCUAUGACUACCAGUCCCUGCGGAUCGGAGGCCUCAUCAUCGCCGGGAUUCUCUUCAUCCUGGGCAUUCUCAUCGUCCUGAGCAGAAGAUGCCGGUGCAAAUUCAACCAGCAGCAGAGGACUGGGGAACCUGAUGAAGAGGAGGGAACUUUCCGCAGCUCCAUCCGCCGUCUGUCCACUCGCAGGCGGUAGAAACACCUGGCGCAAUGGAACCCAGCCAGGUCGUGCAGCUCUGACUAGGCUGGGGGAGGGAGAAGGAGGAGGGGGUGAAGGGCUGCAGUAGGGGGUCUGGAGGGUUCUCCUGCCUCUCACCCUUUUCACCCCCAUAGAAUUCCCCCUGCACCUGACGCCUUCCACCCACCUCCCGCCUACCGCCACCUGGACUGCCCUUUGCCCCUCAGCCCUGCCCCUACAGACACCUCUCAGCCGCCCAGAUUUCCAAUAAAAUGUGCUUUCCUCUCUUGA